AUGAGAAUGAUGCUCCUGAUAUUCGUUUGUGGCUUUGCACCUUUCGUCGAAAGCUCGAUCAAGCUGAGGCAAGCAGCAGGUUCGCCGAUCUCCUACCCAAAAGGUUGUACUGGUGCUCACAAGCCUGCUACUGAGCCUUUCUGUGCCACGGGCACUAUAGGCCUUGCGGGGAUGUUCACGGUGAAUAUGACAGUUUAUGUCUUUGACAUCAAUGAUCCCACCAAGUCGGUACACUUCCACGUUGAGUUGGCAACUCAUGGUGUGAAACCGACUGGUCUCAAUAUCACGGGUGGGGGCAGUGCUGAG